AUGGACACUUUGCCGCAGUUGCAGCAUGGAGUAGAAGCUCAGGCUGCUGUUCGAAGCGAAAACGCACAAGAAAAAACUCGGCAACAGGCUGAAAAUCAGGAAAAUGCUGUGAAUUCUUUGCUGUCACAGAUUCUUGAUCAGCAAGCCCUUGUUCGUCUUUCCAACUUAUCAGCUGUCAAACCCGAAAAGGCAAAAAUGGUUGAACGUGGCCAGAUUGUUGGGAAGCUCUCUGAUGAUGCGCUAAAGCAGCUUAUGGAACGGGUCGCAACGCAAACAACUCGAACAACGACCGUUAAGGCUAGUUUCACUAUAGUUAUAGUUCUUUUGGAACCAUUCUCGCGUUUCCGCGUCGAUCAAAUUUGGUUUUUCACUUAUAUGGAACGAAUGGGAAAUUACCAACCGAGAGUUUGA